AUGCAACAACAGCUGUUUAGAAAAGUAAUUUGGCUCACGGUUGGACUCAUAACGGUGAUAUUGGUAAUAAUAAAGAUUUCAUCCAGCAAGUCCACCGCCACAGACCUUCAGAAAGUAUUGAAGAAUGCCAAUAUUUUACCGCAGGACGUGAUCAAUUACAAUAGCAGAAAAGUAACGGAUGAACUCGCUUCAAAGCUGGACGAGAUUCAAAAGAAGUAUCUCUCGAAGCAAGAUGAUAGAAUUAGCAAGCUCGAAGCUGAACGGGCAGAUCUACUGGAACAGGUUAGAUUUCUAAGGAACCCCCCUGCAGGAUCAAGUUUAAGAGAAAAAUUGGCUUAUCUGUUUCCUUAUAAUGAAAACGGCAAAUUCCCUGCUUAUAUAUGGCAAACAUGGAAGUAUGGCUUGAAUGACGAUCGGUUUGGAGAAAAGUUCAAAGAAGGCGAAACUCAGUGGGCUUCGAAGAAUCCUGGUUUCGUUCAUGAGUUGUUUAACGAUGAUACUUCCGGUGUGUUUAUUCACCAUCUGUAUAUCAAUGUUCCAGAAGUGAUCAAAGCAUACGAGCUGCUUCCCAACAUAAUCUUGAAAAUGGACUUCUUCAGAUAUUUGGUUUUAUACGCCAAGGGAGGUGUCUAUGCAGACGUUGAUACUAUGCCUCUUCAGCCUGUACCAAACUGGAUUCCUGAAAAUGUCUCCCCAAAAAGCAUCGGGAUGAUCAUUGGAAUACAAAACGAUGCUAACAAUCCAGAUUGGAAAAAGAUUACAGAAUUAAUCGCCAAAAUCACAGAGGAUACACUGCAACGAGCCGAGUCAAACUCACUGGAACUAGCUGACAUUAGCGAAGAAGGCGGCCUGUCUGAUAAGAAUUUGUCCAUUAUGCAAUGGACGGGUACUGGUAUUUUUACAGAUGCCAUAUUUACCUAUUUUAAUGACUACAUUCAAAGUAGUAUCUAUACCAAAGUUACUUGGAAAGAAUUCUCCAAAUUGAGAAAGCCCAAGCUUGUCAGUGAUGUAUUGGUACUGCCGAUUAUCAGCUUCUCGGCCGGUGCAGGUAGUGGAAAAUCGACUGAACUGAACGAUCCCUUAGCAUUCGUACAACAUUAUUUUGAAAGAUUACAUAACGACAACCACUAA